AACUCGGUUUCCCGCCCGUAUUCGUAAUGAAUUAUUCUGCAGCCGGAAGCAGCAGCGGAGUGACAGCUCUGUCCUCUAGAACGUCCCCGUGCAUCUGCCCGCAGAUAAACAGUGUGUUUGAGAAGGAGACACCUGAAGGUCCAGUGAAGCUGAGGUUGUUGUUGUUGUUGUUGUUGUCGUUGAGGAUCUGACUGUAAACCACGAGGAGUAAACAACACUCAUCAGUGUAGUUCGGAGAAGCUCGGUGCGUUUCCUCCUGGAUGUGAUUGAAGCAACAGAGUCUGCAGACUGCUCCUCAUCCUCCGUCUGCACAGACAGAUCCUGAAUCUGUUGGCUUUAUUAACUCCACCUCUCAUUAUUGGUUGAGUGGUGUUUAAUUCAGGGCCGGUGCUUCGUCAGAGGAGUCACAGGACGAGUCGCUAGUCAGUCAUCGACCCACUGGACACAACUGUCUCUCCACCACCCACCUCCUCACUCUGUGUUGGAAUGAACAGAUCCAGGUCCAGCUGCCAUAAAAAAGGCCCCCAGCCUCCUGCAGUCACCAGGAUAACCCGCAGUUCCCAGGUCCGACACACGGACCCAGCAGAGAGCCAGGACUCUGGGCCGGGCCCAUAUGGAAAACUACGAAAGAAGCAGGCGGACUCUUCUCUGGCCCAGGACCUCAGCAAGAUGAGUGUGAGUGGACAGAACGUUUUACCCACCAGUAAAGGAAUGCCAUCCAAAACUAGCAGUGACCCUGUGCAGGACGGACAGUCCUCUGGGUCCAGAUCUCCUCAGGGCAUCCCAUCUACCUCUGCUGCCAAGCCCUCGCCCCGGGGUGGUCUUGCAUCUGUGGCCCGGCUGGUGAAGCUGGGACGAUGUAAAAAUGUGGUGGUGGUGGCUGGAGCAGGAAUCAGCACAGCUAGCGGCAUCCCAGACUUCAGAACCCCAGGCACAGGUCUGUACGCCAACUUGGAGAAGUUCAACAUCCCUUACCCAGAGGCCAUUUUCAACAUCGACUACUUCUCCGAUGAUCCGCAGCCUUUCUUCUCCCUGGCCAGAGCUCUGUAUCCUGGUAGCCAUCGACCCAACUACAUACACUAUUUCAUCCGCAUGCUUCAUCACAAAGGCCUUCUGCUCCGCCUGUACACACAGAACAUCGACGGACUGGAGAAAUUAUGUGGCAUCCCAGACGACAUACUAGUGGAAGCUCACGGUAGUUUUGCGACAGCUUCCUGUCACUUGUGCUACACUCCUUAUCCUGCUGUGGAGGCUAAGCAUGCUAUUAUGAACGGCAACGUUCCCAUAUGCACAUUCUGCGCUGCGACCGUCAAACCUGACGUUGUGUUUUUUGGAGAGGACCUUCCCCAAAAGUAUUUCCUCCACACAAAAGACUUCCCCAAAGCAGACCUGCUGAUCAUCAUGGGCACGUCUUUACAGAUCGAGCCAUUUGCCAGCCUUGUGAAUACAGUGCGCUCCACUGUUCCACGUCUGCUGCUGAACCGACACGCCGUGGGUCCCUUUCAGAAGGUCCCACUGCGAAGAGGAGACCACAUGGAGCUGGGCGACUUGGAGGAUACAGUCCGCAGGUUUGCUGAAAUGCUCGGCUGGAACGACGAGAUCACAGAGCUGAUGAGGAGUCAGGAAACAUCGAUCAUCCCCACACUAAUGAACAGCGCUCCAUCAGUGAGCGUACAGUCGCCUUGUCAAAGUACAGUAAUGUCCGAGCCUCCAGGUCAGAUGGAAACAUCCAGGCCCACACCAGGAGGUCAGAGAGUAGCCAGCAGUGGCAGCGAGGAGACCGACUCUGAGACGGACAGCAAGAGCUCUGCAUCAUCCAACCUGAGCCACUGACUUUGCAGGUUUCAUAUGAUGCAGGAAAGGUUUUGUGACAGUUUCCUCUCUGUUAAAUUCACACUAAGACUGUUCUUCAGUUUAUUGUAUGCAUUUAAAUUCUAAUCCUGUUAUUUUAUUAAGAGUUUGAUGUUCAUAUGUACAAAUGAAAAGGAUUUAUCUACUUCAACCACGUUUAAAGCACUUAUUAUGAUGUGGGUGAGACUCUAGCCACAACACUAGUUAAAGUCAGAUGCCUGUAAGAAUAAAUAAAAUAUUUCUUAGUUUUUUUAUACAACAGCAACAACUUGUUUUUGUCUUAUAU